UGAAGACGAAGGCGCAGUGGGAAAAAGGCGCAGAUAUCAAGCACAUAGUUGCAGACAGAGGCACAAGCAUAGGCAGAGGACGAGGAGGAGGAGUGAGGGCGGAGCUUGAAGGAGCGCAGCGUGACAACAACAACAACAACAACCAUGUCAGGAGGAAUCGCACGCGGUCGUCUUGCGGAGGAGCGCAAGGCCUGGCGCAAGAAUCAUCCUCAUGGAUUUGUAGCGAGGCCGGAGACAGGUGCAGAUGGAGCUCUAAAUUUGAUGGUUUGGCAGUGCACUUUGCCUGGAAAAGUUGGGACGGACUGGGAAGGUGGAUUUUACCCUGUAGCAAUUCACUUCAGUGAGGAUUAUCCCAGCAAGCCCCCCAAGUGCAAGUUUCCACAGGGUUUUUUCCACCCCAACGUUUAUCCUUCAGGCACAGUUUGCCUAUCCAUCCUUAAUGAAGAUUCUGGUUGGAGACCAGCUAUCACUGUAAAACAGAUCCUUGUGGGUAUUCAGGAGCUUCUCGACGCUCCGAACCCAGCAGAUCCCGCUCAAACCGAAGCCUAUCAGCUUUUUAUUCAAGAUCCAGUUGAAUACAAGCGUCGUGUUAGGCAGCAAGCCAAGCAGUACCCACCGCCAAUUUAAAGUUACCAAGGAUGAUUUCUGAUGUCAUCGUAAUGUAUUUGUUUUCUUGGUGGCUUGUGAAUACAUUAUCUCCAAAUGAGCUCCUGUAUUGCUGUUUCUGGAGGUAACAAGAUCAUGAUGUUGCAACCUCAAAACUAGCAACUUCUAUUGACACUGUAUGCACUCGGGUUUGUAAUCGACAACAAACUAAGGCUGUUCUGAUUCUGGUGAAGUUCAGUUAUAAUUUCAAGGUGGCUGCAGAUUAUUGUGCAUGGCAGGUCAAUUUAUAGACCAGGCUUCGAUAGACUUGGCAUGGUCGGACAUUUAGUGGAGCAUUUUCAUAACGUUCAUCUUCUGGCUUUGAUUACGAACAGUCCGAUUUGUAGCUGUGACCUUCUCUAUUGGCAGAACUCUAACUUGAACUCUCAUAUGCUUAUGCUCAUUGUGGGAGUGUAGUACUCUUGGAGGGUGACUGAUCCAAGAUGGUGUUUACCUUUUUGCUUGCUACUUUUUAUACUUAAAUGUGCUUUGGCUUCAGUCUUUGAAGAAUUACAGACUAUGUCGUAGUUUGA